AUGCCUUCAUACUUGCGAUUCAUCUUUGGUGGUUCAGGCGGUCAUUCUUCGUCAGAGCGUACGAAGUCCUCCAGGCGCCCGAGCGCUCAAUCUGCACCAUGCCCCAUCUAUGCCCCCGCUGGCAUGAUGAACACUCCGAACCCAUCGCACCAACGCAGCUACAGCUACACUAACCUGCAAUCGGCACCGUCGCCCCUCCGAUACACAACGAGUACUGAUACAAGGACUGUCCUCGGUUACGGCAAGCACAAUGCGAACGCCCCUCAUCCUGCGGAACCUCGUCAACACGUCCAACGCAGUGUAAGUUAUAAGAAAAGAGAGCCAGCGAAUUAUGCUCUGUACACUCCUACAACGGCGUACAUGACUCCACCGAGCUCGCGCUCGAACUCCAGCACGUCACUAUACCGACCUCAUACGAAAUCCUCGAGCUCAGACAUGGGGCACGGGGCGCGGUACGUGAACGCGCGCCCUAUCCUCAAACAGAAUCAGAGCUGGCAAACGGUUGGCAGUGCCGGAAGCGCUUCCUCCUUUGGCUCAGUACGCGGCCAGUCUCCUGCCCGCUCUGUCGCGUACUCUCAGGCCCCUUCUACUCAUUCCACGUACUCGCGGCCUCGCACACCCGCACUGCACAUGCAUCCGUUACUCGCUUACACACGCCUUCACCGUGCCCCCAUCACCUACGAUGUGACCUUCACACCCUCUGCACGGACCGUCCUCGAUCGUGCAACACACUCUGCCAUCCCCGCACACACCCUCGCACAGCCCGCGACAGAACCCGCGACUUCUGCGGGUUCCCGACUGGUCCUGCGUUCACACAAGUUCCCGUGGCCUGUCAUCGUCGGUGCCAGCUCGAGCUCAGCGCGCGGCGCACGCUUCACCAUCGGGCCCUCUCCCGGCUCCAAGGGCGAGACGCUAACAGUGCUCGACGUUCUGUAUGCCGUGCACACAACACUUAUGGCGCCGGUGACUCCGGAGGAGUGGGAGGCCUUGGGACACGGUAGCCGCGCACAACAGAAGGUGACCCGCGCGUAUGAGCGACGGUGCACGCGCCUCGGCGGCGGCUGGGAGGGCGGUGUGCGCCGCGUCGACUGGCUCGGCGAGAAGACGCGUCUCGUCGGCGUCGAGGUCGACAAGAGCGGCCCUGGAGCGGGCGCAGGGAAGCUCGUCUUCGCGAAGACGUGA